AUGAAAAGGUUGUCACUUGUCACAACUAACAGGCUUUCACCUCAUGGAAAUUUUCUUCCCUUGUGCACUUUUCCCCUGGCAGUGGACAUGGCUGCACUCUUCCAAGAAGCGAGCAGCUGUCCCGUCUGCUCAGACUAUCUAGUAAAACCGAUUGCACUGGAGUGUGGAUGCAGCGUCUGCCUCAAGUGCAUCAACUCACUGCAGAAGGAGCCCCAUGGGGAGGACCUACUUUGCUAUUGCUGUUCUGUGGUCUCUCAGAAGAACAAAGUCAGGCCCAAUCGGCAGCUAGAGAGGCUGGUUUCCCACAUCAAGGAACUGGAGCCCAAGCUGAAGAAGAUUCUGCAGAUGAACCCAAGGAUGCGCAAGUUCCAAGUGGAUAUGACCUUGGAUGCCAACACAGCCAACAACUUCCUCCUCAUUUCUGACGACCUCAGGAGCGUCCGAAGUGGGCGCAUCAGACAGAAUCGGCAAGACGUUGCCGAGAGAUUUGACUUGUCCAUUUGUGUCCUGGGCUCCUCUCGCUUUACCUGUGGCCGCCACUACUGGGAGGUAGACAUGGGAACAAGCACAGAAUGGGACCUGGGAAUCUGCAGAGAAUCUGUUCACCGCAAAGGGAGGAUCCAGCUGACCACAGAGCGUGGAUUCUGGACUGUGAGUUUGAGGGCUGGAAGCCGCCUCUCUGCCAGCACGGUGCCGCCAACUUUCCUCUUCAUAGAUGGCAAGUUACAGCGAGUGGGGAUUUUUCUGGAUAUAGGCAUGCAGAAUGUUUCCUUUUUUGAUGCUGAAGGUGGUUCCCAUGUCUAUACAUUCAGGAGAGUCUCUGCUGAGGAGCCACUGCGCCCGUUUUUGGCUCCUUCAAUUCCACCUAAUGGUGAUCAGGGUGUCUGGAGUAUCUGUCCUGUGAUGAACCCAGGCACUACUGAUGCUCCAGUCCAUCCUGGGGAGGCCAAACAAACAUCCACUGCAAAAAAACAAAAAACAGGGUAA